AUCGAUUCGGGAGCACCCAACCACCGGCCCCUACGUCGAAGGUUUAUGUCAUAUGGGCGUACGUUCGAAAACAGACGUCUUGGGCUGGUUACGUGUGGGUAACAGACAACGAACAGUGGCCAGUACGUCGUGGAACGAUGAAAGUAGCAGAUCCCAUACGGUUUUCACUCUGUUCCUAACUCGACGCACAGUGGCGAAGUAUCCGUUCGGGGAUAUGAUCGAAAACGUGUACAAUAGCCAGAUAAAUGUGGUUGAUUUGGCUGGAAGUGAGCGUCAAGUGUCGGCCAGACCAUUGGAUGAGAGAUUAAAUGUGAUUUCUCAGCUGGCUCGGAGUAACACCCCACAAAUGGAUUUGAUCCCGUCCUCGGAAUCACGUGCAACAAGUAAAUGCAAAGAUCCGGUUAAAUUUUUCACACCAAACCGUUGGAUUAACAAGAAACCCGGUUAUGUGUCUUAUCGGGAUUCUGUUUUAACGUGGUUACUCAGAGACAGUCUUGGUGGUAAUGCCAUGACUGCAAUGCUAGCCACCAUCAGUCCGUCCGCACAACAUCUGGAAGAGACAUUGGCUACGCUGAAAUAUGCGAAGAAAGCACAAUCUAUCAUGAACAAAGCUGUCAUCAAUGAAGACCCGCAAGGUCGUGUGAUACGACAACUCGUUGCAGAGGUGAAUCGUCUGCGUCAGGAGUCUGCCGUGCCAUGUGAACCUGGAAGUCCACAGGCGUACGAAGUGGCUCGGUUGCGAGAAAUUCUCAUCAGUCGAGAAAACGAGGUGCGAGAAUUAUCUCGACAACUGGUUGAACGAUCCUUCGGGCACCCAUCUGUCUCACCUGGCGGUAUAUUGCGUCCUUCCUCAUGUGGCACCGCCAGCACGAUGGGCCCAAUGUCGCCAGAUCCUCCUCAUAUGAUGGUGGAUCAAAUGACGAGUCCAAUCGUGUCCACAGAAUCGUGCAACUUCUUCAGCCCCUCUAGGUUUGUUAUACUGUCAGUCCAGAAAAAAAAUAUUUCUAAGCCUCCUACUCAUUUCGAGCCAAUCAUCUUCCUUAAGUUUAGGUCCCUGAGGAUUUCGGUUAUUUUCGAGAACUUGUGUUGCACUGCACCAAUCGCUAUUCGCAAAGGCAUCCGGCCUGAUGUGAUUCGCCACUUUUUCAAAUCCGCUAUAUAG